AUGAGAGCUCCCACGUCCAGCUUCGUCACUGGAGCCUCGCUUUUCCUGACGGGCGUCUUGGCGGGCGUCGACAAUGCUGGAGACCAAGAACCCAUACGCGCCGCAAUCGACCCGCUCAAGUUCAAAGCAGCAUGUCCAGACUACAAAAACUACGCUAUGCGGCCACACAAUGGCUCAAUGCAUCUACCAUUCCAGAGGCCUUCCAAAUACUGCCGCACUUUCGAGUCACCCAUGGUUGAGAGGGUCAUUGAAGAUAUGAACGAGCGGAUAGAGGAUAAGGACCUGGCUCGCUUGUUCGAAAACGCCUUCCCAAACACACUAGACACGACCGUGAGGUGGCACGUUGAUAAGACGGCCAAGCACAAGACAUCGAGAAAGAGCUGGGACACGGAUGCAUGGACCGGCCCUCAAAGCUUCAUCGUCACAGGCGAUAUUAAUGCAGAGUGGUUACGUGACUCUACAAACCAACUGGCGCAAUACCAGCUCCUUGCAAAGAAAGACAAGGAUAUCCACCAGCUGAUACUGGGAGCCAUCAAUACGCAAGCCGAAUAUGUUAUCGGAUCGCCAUACUGCAAUGCCUUUCAGCCCCCCCCUCCAAGCGGUCUUCGUCCGACCUUCCAAGGCGAUGGCGACACGGUACAUCCCGUGUAUGAGGAGUCAUUUGUUUUCGAAUGCAAGUACGAGUUGGACUCACUUGCGCAUUUCCUCUCGCUGGCCAACCAAUUCUACAAUCAUACCGGUUCCACAGCUUUCUUAAAUAGCAGGUGGCUCCUUGCAUUAGACACGCUUCUAGACGUCCUCCACGAUCAAUCGAAAGGGACAUUUGACGACAAGACCGGAUCGUACCAAGGCAACGAGUACACCUUUCAGCGCCAAACAAACAUCGGGACGGAGACGCUCGGUCUCAGUGGUAUCGGUAAUCCACUCAACAGUGGCACGGGUCUCGUCCGCAGCGCCUUCCGACCGAGCGACGAUGCCACAAUUCUAGGCUUCCUAAUUCCUGCCAAUGCAAUGAUCAGUGUCGAAUUGAAGCGUACUGCUUCCCUUCUCUCCAAAGCCGGCAAGAAGAACAUUGCCAAACAAGUCCAGAACUGGGGUGAAAAGAUCGAGAAGGGUGUCAUGGAGCAUGGCGUAGUUACUCACAAAAAGUAUGGUGAAGUCUUCGCUUUCGAAGUUGAUGGUUACGGCUCCCACAUCCUCAUGGACGACGCAAACCUCCCUUCCUUGCUGGCACUGCCGCUGCUCGGCUUCGUCGACGCGUCCAACGAGAUCUACAAAAACACACGCAAGAUGAUUCUCGAGAAGUCUGGUAACCCAUACUACUUGACUGGCGACGAGUUUAGCGGUAUCGGUGGCCCUCACGUAGGUUUACAAAGCGCAUGGCCCAUGAGCGUCUUGGUACAAGCAAUGACCAGCGACGAUGACGAGGAGAUCAUGAAAUGUCUCGGCGCAGUGAAGAAUGUCAGCAUGAACGGACUCAUCCACGAAAGUGUAAAUGUCGAUUAUGCAAAGAGUUAUACAAGGAGCUGGUUCGCGUGGGCGAAUUCCGUCUACGCCCAGACAAUCCUCGACUUGGCGCAAAGAAAGCCACAUUUGUUGUUUGGCGAGGGGGCAAAGGCGUAUACUCUCUAG